AUUUGGUGCCAAAUGAAUGACCCACCCACACCUGGCUUUUGUGUCCUUGUCCCAGAGAGGGCGAGAGAGGAAGUGAACAGGAAUAGUGCUGCUGACCAAGGAAGAGGCUGAGGAGAGAAUAGGGAUGUGCCUCCUCCCCAGACAUUGAUUUAUCACAUUUUCAUGCCAGUCUACACCCUGUCCCUGCAGCUGGCUCGUGCAGAUAGUAUACAGACCCAAACACAGGAUGGUGCAAGAUACACAACCCAACAAUACAGUUUGGUAGAGCUUUGUCUGCAUGCCAUAUUGUUGAUUGGUUGUUGUUUUGUAGGUUCACCGUUGAUUAGAUGUUAUCUGAUACCUGCUUGCCUAGCAUGACAGCCAGUUUUGGUAACCUGACUCUUCUACCGAGCAGCGUCUGUUAGUCCAAGCAGAUCCACCAAAGGGACCACCAGUGCAUGACAAGGAACACAACCAGUCUCCAAAAGAAGUAUCUGGGUGUGUCCCUCACCCUUCCUGCCCUGCCCACCUCAACUGACUCCACCCCCUGACCCUUGAACCCUGACCUGCAAGAUGAAACUGAAAGAGGACAUGAACCCGCUGCUGCUGCAAGUCUUCCGCUCAGUGGUCUGGGUCUGCUCUUUCAUUACCUUCCUGCCAUGGUACUUCCUCUCGGGUGCCGGCACCAACCUAGACCGGGCACGGCGGGUCAAGGCGCGGUCGGUGAGUGGGCGUCCAGCGGGCCCUUACCGGGCGACCAACCAAGCGGGCGGUAUCCAUCAGAAGCUGGUGUGGUCCUUGCACCUGGGGGUGGACACCCUGGACAAGGUGAUGGUGCACGGGGCGACCAGGUUCCCAGAGAGGGACUGCCUGGGCACCAGAGAGGUGUUGAACGAGGAGGACGAGCUCCAACCCAACGGGAAGGUCUUCAAGAAGGUUAUCCUAGGGGAGUAUCAGUGGAUGUCAUACGAGGAGACCUACCAGGCAGCAGUGUGUUUUGGAAGUGGUCUGGCUGCGCUGGGCCAGAGGCCUCAGUGUAACAUCGCCAUUUUCUGUGAGACCAGGGCUGAGUGGAUGAUAGCAGCACAGGCCUGCUUCAUAUACAACUUUCCAUUGGUGACGUUGUACUCUACUCUGGGCGGAGCGGCCAUCGCCCACGGUCUCAAUGAAACAGAGAUCACCCACAUCAUCACCAGCAAAGACCUGCUACACAGCCGUCUCAAGGCGAUCCUGUUAGAGGUGCCUCGGCUGCAGCACAUUAUCGUGGUGGACAGUAAGCCAACCAGCUGGCCUGGCUUCCCCCGCGGCAUCAUGGUCCACAACUUGGUUGCCGUGCAGGAGCUGGGCUCUCGACCCGACAACAUGGCGGUGGCACGCCGGCAGCCCCUGCCCUCUGACAUCGCUGUCAUCAUGUACACCAGCGGCUCCACCGGCAUCCCCAAGGGUGUGAUGAUCUCCCAUAGCAACAUCAUCGCGGGCAUCACGGGCAUGGCAGAGCGCAUCCCAGACCUGGAUGAGACAGACACCUACAUUGGGUACCUACCGCUGGCUCAUGUUCUGGAGCUCAGUGCAGAGAUGGUGUGUAUCUCUCACGGCUGCCGCAUCGGAUACUCCUCCCCACAGACGCUAGCAGACCAGUCGACAAAGAUUAAGAAGGGCAGUAAAGGAGACACCAGUGUUCUGAAGCCUACACUCAUGGCUGCUGUACCUGAAAUCAUGGAUCGCAUCUAUAAGAAUGUGAUGACCAAGGUGGAGGAGAUGAGCAGUGUGCAGAGAACCCUGUUUGUGUUGGCCUACAACUAUAAGAUGGAACAGAUGACCAAGGGCUACAGGACCCCGCUCUGUGACAGUCUGGUGUUUAGGAAGGUGCGCUCAUUGUUAGGAGGUCACAUGCGGGUGCUGUUGUCGGGCGGCGCGCCCCUUUCUGCCGCCACACAGCGCUUCAUGAACAUCUGCCUCUGCUGUCCCGUGGGCCAGGGCUACGGCCUCACUGAGACCUGCGGAGCUGGCACCAUCAGUGAGAUGUGGGACUACAGCACAGGCCGGGUCGGAGCUCCUCUGGUCUGCUCUGAGAUCACCCUCAAGGACUGGGAAGAGGGCGGUUACUACAGCACAGACAAGCCCAACCCAAGAGGUGAGAUUGUGAUCGGCGGGCCCAAUGUGACCAUGGGUUACUACAAGAACGAGGUGAAGAACCGCGAGGACUUCUUCGUGGACAGCAACGGCCAGCGCUGGUUCUGUACGGGAGACAUCGGGGAGCUUCACCCUGACGGCUGCCUCAAGAUCAUCGACCGAAAGAAGGACCUGGUGAAGCUCCAGGCUGGGGAGUAUGUGUCUCUGGGGAAGGUGGAGGCCAUGCUGAAGAACUGCCCUUUCGUAGACAACAUCUGUGCUUACGCAAACAGUGACCAGUCAUAUGUGAUUGGCUUUGUGGUGCCCAAUCAAAAGCAGCUGACCGUGCUGGCGGAGCAGAGAGGGUUACGGGGCAGCUGGGAGGAGAUCUGUAACAACACUGACAUGGAAAGAGACGUCCUCCGCAUCAUCACCGAGGCCGCCCUGUCAGCCAAACUUGAGCGCUUUGAGAUCCCUAAGAAGAUCCGUCUUAGUGCAGAGCCCUGGACCCCAGAGACUGGCCUGGUUACGGACGCAUUCAAACUCAAACGUAAGGAGCUCAAAUCACAUUACCAGGAUGAUAUCGAAAGGAUGUACGGUGGCAAGUAACACACACACACACUUUCUAAGACACACACACAGGUAAAGACAUAUGCAAGGAAUCUAAAAAACACUACCACGAUGACAUGGAGACUGGAGAGGAUGUACAGCGGCAAGUUAAACACACACACACAGAGGGAAAGAGGAGGAACGACCCAUUGUACUUCCUCAACCUCUUGACUUCCCUUCCGACUAGUUACAAUCAAACGGAAAAUAAUUGUCAGUCAAUCCAGACCCCCAACAAAGACGGAGAGGCCAAGCCAGUUGGAGUGACAUCCGUUGCUUCUCUUCUUCAAAGGUUUUUCUGGGUCUGUGUGUUGUUAUGAUGACGAUGGCAUCGUUGACAUGACCCGGCGAAGACACAGGAAAAAGACUGCUUCGGGCACUAUGUCCCCCCCCGGCAUGUGUGUAGUCCAGACACCCGAUGGGAGACUGGUUUGUUGUUGUGUUACUGUGGCCUGAGUCGUGUUCGGAAGAAAACUGACAAACGGAACGACUACCUAAACUUGUCCAAUAAGAAACACUUGUUUUCCGUUGCAAAAUGUUUUGUUACAGUAAACACCAAUGAAUAUGACCCUGAAAAAGGAGGCCCUUCGAUUUAAAUGUCCCAUAUCCAGGUUUGAGUCUAUGCUGGGAUCUCUUUUCUUGUAUAUGUUUUUUUUGGGUGUAGUGAUAUUUGUUGUUCUGUUCAUGUUUCAUUACGGUUCUUUAACUUAUACGGUUUGUCUUCAUUCGCUUCUGAAGCCCAUUCAAUGAACAUCCUGUGUCUGAGAGAAAUCAAGUGUUUCAAAGCCAUGAAAGAUUUUUUUAAAGCAACUCGCAUUCUUAAUUUGCUUUUCUUAUAUUUUUCUGAACGGUUUGUUUCUCAUUUAUAUUGUUUUUUUCUCCUGGUUCUAUUCUAUUUUUCUAUUGGUUCUAUUCUAUGGAAGAGUAUGUGUUUAGUGAUUUGACUAGAUGAAGUCCUGUCACUCUUUUUUUUCUGUGUGUUAGUGAUGUAAUCUCCUUCUGGCUCUGUUCCUCUGUGGCUGGCUGAUGUGAUGUUCCUAGGUUGGCUCGUAGAACCUGUUUGUCAUAAAUAAUCAGUGUUGGGGAAAUUACUCUGAAAAUAUAGUUUACCAAGUUACCAAUUACUUCAUACUGGAAGAAGUUAGGAUACACUAAAGCUACCCUUCAGAAAACUAUUUCAGUUAGGUAGAAUAUAGUUAACUGCAUAUCUAAAUCUGAAAUGUCAGUGACUACAAAUGGCAAGACAGAUCACUCUGGAGUCAGAUGUUAACAGAAUGUGUAAAUUAGCCUAUUAAAAACAAAAACUGUUUCAAGGGAUAAUUAGGCAGAUCUGAAAAAGAAAAUAAUUUUCUACUUCCACCAUACUACAUUUUUUGUGAAAAUAAAUUAUGUAGCCUAGUUCCAGUAGUUAGCUACACCACUACAUGGCAAAAAAGUAAUGAACUACUGAAAACACUACCUACAUUUGAAUUUAGUUCACCACUAAGCUACUGCAAAAUGCUGUUAAAUUACUAGUUAAACUACAUGUAGUUCACUUCUCCCAAACUCUAUGAAUAAUGUAGUCUGAUCCUCUGACUAUUAUUGGGAUGCAUGAGUUAACCAGAGCAAGAAGAACUGAUCUGGGACCAGGUUAGUAAUGAUGGUGAAGUGUCCAAGGUGGCUUCAGGGAAGUAGAAUGAAGUUGCCCCAAAAGCUACGUUUUUCUUGUCUCCCCUGUGGUUGUGGAGAGGAUAAGCUGAUCCUUGAUCUGUGCCUAAGGGCAACUUGUCAUCAUGGGCUGUCAAUCCUACUGAGGCUCUUAUUUCUAUCACUUAACCAGCAGGGGCCUAUAUAUAUAUAUAUAUAUCACUUAACCCUGCUGGUUAAGUGAUAGAAAUAAGAGCCUCAGUAGGAUUGACAGCCCAUGAUGACAAGUUGCCCUUAGGCACAGAUCAAGGAUCAGCUUAUCUUAAAAUAAAUUGGUGAUCCUAACUGACCUAAGACAGGGAAUUUUUACUAGGGUUAGUAAAAACAGGCUCAAAAAUGGCCAGAGACAAAGAACUUUAUAUAUAUAUAUAUAUAUACAGUUGAAGUGGGAAGUUUACAUACACCUUAGCCAAAUACCUUUGAACUAAGUUUUUCACAAUACCUGACAUUUAAUCCUAGUAAAAAUUCCCUGUCUUAGGUCAGUUAGGAUCACCACUUUAUUUUAAGAAUGUGAAAUGUCAGAAUAAUAUUAGAGCGAAUUAUUGAUUGAUUUCAUCACAUUCCCAGUGGGUCAGAAGUUUACAUACACUCAAUUAGUAUUUGGUAACAUUGCCUUUUUAAAUUGCUUUAUUUUGGGUCAAAUGUCAAAUGUCCAAUGUGUUGGGUAGCUUUCCACAAGCUUCCCACAAUAAGUUGGGUGAAUUUUGGCCCUUCCUCCUGAUAGAGAUGGUGUAACUGAGUCAGGUUUGUAGGCCUCCUUGCUCAUACACGCUUUUCAGUUCUGCCCACAAACUUUCUAUAGGAUUGAGGUCAGGGCUUUGAUGGCCACUCCAAUACCUUGACUUUGUUGACCUUAAGCCAUUUUGCCACAACUUUGGAAGUAUGCUUGGGGUCAUUGUCCAUUUGGAAGUAUGCUUGGGGUCAUUGUCCAUUUGGAAGUAUGCUUGGGGUCAUUGUCCAUUUGGAAGUAUGCUUGGGGUCAUUGUCCAUUUGGAAGACCCAUUUGUGACCAAGCUUUAACUUUAACUUUAACUGAUGUCUUGAGAUGUUGCUUCAAUAUAUCCAAAUCAUUUUCCAGUGUAGUCAUUGUUAAUGUUGUAAAUGACUACAAACGACUAUGACUACAUAGGCGUACAGACUACAUAGGCGUACAGAGGCCCAUUAUCAGCAACCUUCACUCCUGUGUUCUAGCGGCACGUUGUUAGCUAAUCCAUGUUUAUCAUUUUAAAAGGCUAAUUGAUCAUUAGAAAACCCUUUUGCAAUUAUGUUAGCACAGCUGAAAUCUGUUGUUCUGUUUAAAGAAGCAAUAAAACUGGCCUUCUUUAGACUAGUUGAGUAUCUGGAGCAUCAGCAUUUGUGGGUUUGAUUACAGGCUCAAAAUGGCCAGAGACAAAGAACUUUCUUCUGAAACUCGUCAGUCUAUUCUUGUUCUGAGAAAUUGCCAAGAAACUGAAGAUCUCGUACAACGUGGUGUACUACUCCCUUCACAGAACAGUGCAAACUGGCCCUAACCAGAAUAGAAAGAGGAGUGGGAGGCCCCGGUGCACAACUGAGCAAGACGACAAGUACAUUAGAAAGUCUAGUUUGAGAAACAGACGCCUCACAAGUCCUCAACUGGCAGCUUCAUUAAAUAGUACCCGCAAAACACCAGUCUCAACGUCAACAGUGAAGAGGCGACUCCGGGAUGCUGGCCUUCUAAGUGACCCCAAACUUUUGAACAGUAGUGUAUAUAUAAUAAUGUCCAAACGUACAGCUAGGGGUGUGUGUGGUUUGUGCGUGUGCUGAUGUUUGGGUUGGUUUCUGUGUGUGUGUGUGUGUGUGUGUGUACUUACUGCCCUGAGCUUGUUCCAAGUUCCCCAUUUUUCUGAAGCCCACUGGAUGCCCACUCACAUGAUCUGUGUCAGUCUGUUACCUUUCAAUGUUUUCUCCAGUAAAACAAUGGUACCUACCUACACCGUAUGCUGCUCAACCAGGUCUGUAGCUCCAUAAACCAUAUCACAUGAACUAUCUGGCUCCGUAAACUACAAAACCCUGUAAAACUGGCUCAAACCUGCCAUGUUACUCCUGAAAAUGAUGUCCAAUGUAACUCAAGCAUGUCUCCAAGAGAACCAAUGAAUUGUAGUCCAGAUCUGUAGUUGUUUGGAAGACUGUGUGUCAUACACUGGCACUGUCUACUCCAUUGGACCCUUCUGAUAUUACAGUAAUACAUCCUCCUAUUUCUAUGUUACAGCUCUGUUACUAUGAUUGAUGAAAUACAGAUUAAAUGUGCAAUACUUAUACAAAACACAAAUUCUAAAACUAAAUGAUGUAAUGGAAAAAUGCAGAGAGAGAGAGCCCCUCCACAGUGUAUGAAUGUAUGGGUGCGGGCCUGUCUCUUUCCAGACAGACAGAAGGGCAGACAGUAAACAUUGUUAUACAAGUAGUAGCGUAGUCUCUAUGGAGUGAUAUUAGUGCCAACAGAAAUGUAAUCUGAAUUCAAUCAUUUUAAAUGUAAUCAAAUUUGUUGGCACUAUUAUGACAAAAUACCAAUUUUUCUGGAUUGUGAAAGUACUGUGCUGAUGACGAUACCCAAUUAUAUUGGGAACUCUGUAGUGAAGACUAAUAUUUUGGCCUUAACUGUUGUGAAUGUAAAAGAAAAGAGACACUAAUCAGGUUUCCAUCCGAGCUUCUUAUGCGAGUAAAGUAGGUCAGAUAAAAAAUGUCACGACAAGCCUGAUGGAAACAGGAAAUUUGCAAAUGUGGACACAACUAAAUACGCCUUGCGUGGGAACUUUUUGUGUCAAACUAAUUAUGGCGGUGGAAACGCCUUUAUGCGCAAAUAUUGAUAUAAUAACCAUGUCUAAGUAAACUUGGAGUCGUGCAAUGGAAUGUUGUGUGGUCCUCCCACUACGACUUGGAAAAGCAUGCAGUUUAUUAGGCUACAGAUGAAAUAAGUUAUGAUAAACUUCACAGGGUGGUGAAAGUGCACAGUGAUGAGCUUGAUGCUCUUUUCCAAUAAAUAUUGAGCAUCUUAUUCUUGUGACUUGAUUAUCGAUGACUGGCUGCCAUUCGACAAAUAAAAAUAACCUCACUCUUUUGUCCCUAAUAAUCUCAUGUGUAGGCUAUACCCGCACUUUAUCGGCAAGCUGUUGUUUAGAGCGCAAGUGCCAAGCCCAGUGUGCGCAUUCACCAUAUAAUGCAACAUUUAUUGUGACAAAACCAUCAGUACAGUUUAAAAUGCGAUGGAUUUUAAAAUAUUUUUUAUGUACACUAUGUCAUCACGCACAGCCUUUUGUCUACAACAAGUCAAUUUGAUGGAAACACUGGUGGGAAACUGUACAUCUUUUCAUGCAGAUUUUAGAAUAUUUGCAUGAUAAUCUGUCACUAAUUGGAUACAACUUUUAGCUAAUGAUGAAGAAAAAGGUACUGCAGGUGAACAGUGAUUUGGGUCACAUGAUUCCUUGUGAAUAUAUUUACAUUAGUUUUAUCGAUAAGGCCAACAUUUCCCAACUUUGAUUAGGUAUUAGUUAUUUUGGAUACGCACUUCAAAGGUAUGUCACAUCCUUCCCCAAAAGGACCUUUCUAUGGAUUUAAUUUCAGGAAGAUCAAAAACAUCAUAAAUAUCUUUGGGUCAUAUGUAUAGGCUGCCAUAUUGUAUCUGUUGUCUGCAAAUUAAUUACUGUGUUUGAUUUGUGCAAUGUACAGUCUAGGAGACGAUAUUCAAUAUUUUGUCAACGGCUGUACAUUUUGAAAUGUAUUGACUUACAUUUCUUGUAUUUGGGAUUGUAGGCGAUUUUAAAUAUAUAUAUUUUUAACAAGGGUCAAUAACACUAGUGGUUAUCCUUAGUCUCAACUGGAGUCUUCAGCUGUCCCAAUUAAACAUUUCAUCACUUGAUUUGUCAACAAUUCUGGGCAAAUAAUAUUGUGAAGUCCAAAGACAGUUUAGUCUGGUGAAUUUGAAUGAUUUAUACUCGUUAUCUGUGAACACAGCUCUGGUACACUCACAAAUCCACUGAUAGUAUGAACAAAGUCAAAGAAAGUCCCCUUCUCAGAGGUUUGAUAUCGAUUGGAAUAUCAGCAUUCAAACACUCCCCUGUUUUGAGUCUAAAAUACUGCUACUGUUUACGAAUGGGGAACCCAGAUGCAGGCUAAUUCCCUUCUUACAUUUCCUGACAUUUCCUUCUCGGGACAUUUCAUUGGUUCAUUGUAUUCAACUCCCAACCAGUCGAUCCAGUCCGCUGCUCUGCUAUCCCAUACCAGCCUACAAUUGGUGGGUUGUCUUGUUACACGGGUCAGAAGAUUUCUACAUGGUUCAUAGGAAUAUACAAAGUGCUUUGUCCGAGUGUUUGUCUCUGAGGAUACACGUGUAUAUACAUAAUGUGUCCUAGUAGUGACGUCAUCCACAAACUACUUUGGCAUCCUUCGGUACAUCAGUGUGGUGUACAGAUGAAUUUGACCACUCCUAUUGUUUCUCGUACUGUAAAUAUGUUGGGAGGGGAAGGGUUAAUAUGAUCAAAGCUUUUGAAAAUAUACCAGUUGUACAGGUGUAAUACCUCCUGUUGUUGACCAGUUUUUGGGGUCUUUAUCAUUCUCCUUUUGUGUGGGUUACUGGCCUUUUCACAAGUGUCUCGUUCCUUAUUUAUUUGUAAUUUGGCCUUGUCAAGAAAAUACAAGUUUGUGAUUGGUAUAAAAAUGCUCAUAUUUGUAUGUGUUCCGUUUCAUUCAUAGUUAUGGGGAUUAUAUAGAUUCUUGUGGGUGUCUUUUUGAAUGAUUCUGUACAUGUAUGUAUAACACCUGUACAUUCCAUCACAGACAGUGACCCUCACAACGGUCCUAAGGUUAGGAGAAUUAAUGUAGCUGGUUAGGAGAAUUAGGUUAAGGUUAAGAAAAGGGCUAGGGUUAGCUAAAAUGCAAAAAAAAUAUCAACUUUUGAUGUAAAUUUGACAAGCUGGAUCCCUAUUAGCUAUGACCAGCUUGAGUAGAAUUGUGUCUUGAAGCUAGCGUUUCUAUGGCAACGAAGCCCAGGAGGAAGUGUGUUUUAAAAAUAUAUAUAAACUAGGGUACCGGGGAGGAAUUCCUACACCGGAUAUCUUGUUACAGCUGUUAAGUCAUUGAUAAUCUGCCAUUUUGUUUGUCAUUUCAUUAAGUUAUAAGCAGGGUCAUAGCUAUAUUCAAUAAAAUUCACAAGUUGAUUUAACCCUUUA